AGCUGUACAACCAACAUGGCGGAAACUGACUUGGUAUCCAAGCCUGGUGAAAAGUUGACAUUUGAGCCCACGAUCAAUCAAUUGCACAGCAGUUUCUCGCUUUUGACAACGGACACAAGAAAAGCACAAUAGCGUUUAGUCGAGUGACAAAGAAAAUGAGUUAGAUUUGGUCUUCAAAAGGCUUCUUUCCUCUUGGUGAGAAAGUUUCCUCUCUGCAGUUAUCUUCUUGAGGAAGCAUGGAUCACAGGGAUGGCGCGACCACUCCUCCAUACUUGUCUGGUUACAGAGGAUAUCGAUAUGGCGUAGACUCACCACACAGGGCUAGCAUCCGUUCUUCGUCAUCCUUUCCUGGUGCAAGUGGAUCAGUGUCUUCAUUUCACGACAAUCUUCAACCAUCUCCAAGAGGAACUGUUCCUCAAACUAACAGUAGAGCUGUGGUGUCAGCUCUAAAGGGACUGCAGGAAAAAAUUCGCAAACUUGAGUUGGAGAGAGCAGAUGCAGAGGACAACUUGAAAAAAUUGGCUACUGAGUCCAGACAUUACAAAGACGCACUACAAAAGGAGUUAACUGUGCGAGAAUCUACUCAAGGAGUUAUUGCAAAGCAAAACAAAGGUAUUAAUUUAAAAGUUACAGUUUUGCUCUAUUGUAAGUUUGGGUGGAGAUUUUGUGGCCGAGUGGUUAACAUAGAUGCCAGAUGGAGCCCUCUUGGUUUUAGUGCUGUGAAGAUUCACUGAAUUUUGAUCUUGGCUCUCCACCCAAGGUACCAUUGAAUUGAUGGGACACCUGGACAAAAUGUCAAUGAAAAAAGCAGUGGAGUGGGAAGAGGAGGGAGGGAGGGAAUUGCCUAUGAAAUUCUUAUUCAGGGGGGAGUAACCAGAGGCUGCUUCAUCCUCUGGAACUUGGGUUAAUCUUUGACAGUGUGUGCCAGUUUGGCCUGAGUUUGACCAUUAAGUCGACUUAAGUUAAUUUGUACGGUAUGUACAGUGUAGUGGCAUACAU